AUGGUGACCUCUCUGAAUGAGGACAACGAGAGUGUAACUGUGGAGUGGAUAGAGAAUGGUGACACAAAAGGGAAGGAGAUUGACUUGGAGAGUAUAUUUGCACUUAAUCCAGAUGUGGCCCCAGAUGAAGAAAUUGCCCCUAGUCCAGAGACCCCACCCCCUCCGACACCCACAGGUGUGAAGAGCAACAGAAUUGCAAAGAAUCGACGGACAAUAGCACCUAAUAAGAAUGAAACUCCGUCCAAAGACAAUAGAGCUAUUCCCACCCGGGUGCGACCUCCCCAGACUCAGCAGCCGGAGCCAGCCCCUCCUCCCCCCGUACAGCAGCCUGCACAGCCCACCCAAGCCCAGACACAACAGCAACUACAGAACGAAUCCUCACAUCAGCUGAUAUCCAGAAAGGAGUUUGGACAGUUGUCGAGGAGGAAGUCGAACUGUGUGAAGGAAGUGGAAAAAUUGCAGGAGAAAAGAGAAAGACGGCGUCUUCAGCAGCAGGAGCUCAGGGAGAAGAGAGCUCAGGAGGUGGAUACCACCAUUCCCAACUAUGAGAUCAUGUACAUGAUCCGAGAUUUCCGAGCCAGCCUCGACUACCGGCCUCUGACCACAGCUGACAUGAUUGAAGAGCACAGAAUAUGCGUCUGUGUGAGGAAACGCCCACUCAACAAAAAAGAGUUGUCCGUGAAGGAUUUGGAUGUGAUCACCAUUCCUAGUAAAGAUGUGGUGAUGGUCCAUGAACCUAAACAGAAGGUGGACCUGACUCGCUACCUGGAAAACCAGACCUUCCGCUUCGACUACGCCUUUGAUGACAACACAGCCAACGAGAUGGUUUAUAGGUUUACUGCCAGACCUCUCGUGGAAACCAUUUUUGAGAGGGGUAUGGCCACCUGCUUUGCCUAUGGGCAGACAGGCAGUGGUAAAACCCAUACAAUGGGAGGCGACUUCUCGGGGAAGAACCAAGACUGCUCUAAAGGAAUUUAUGCAUUAGCUGCUCGGGAUGUAUUUCUCAUGUUGAAGAAACCCACCUACAAGAAGUUAGAUCUACAAGUGUACGCCACCUUCUUUGAAAUCUACAGCGGAAAGGUGUUUGACCUGCUGAAUCGCAAAGCGAAGCUGAGGGUGCUGGAGGAUGGCAAGCAGCAAGUGCAGGUUGUGGGGCUUCAGGAGAAGGAGGUCAAGUGCACAGAGGAUGUCCUGAAACUUAUUGAAGUGGGAAACAGUUGCAGAACAUCAGGGCAGACAUCGGCCAACGCUCACUCUUCUCGGAGCCACGCCGUUUUUCAAAUCAUUCUCAGAAGGAAGGGGAAGAUGCACGGGAAGUUCUCCCUCAUCGACCUGGCAGGGAACGAGAGGGGCGCAGACACGUCCAGCGCCGACCGGCAGACCCGUCUGGAGGGAGCAGAAAUCAACAAGAGCCUGUUGGCCCUCAAGGAAUGUAUCCGAGCUCUCGGCCGUAACAAGCCCCACACUCCGUUCAGAGCCAGUAAGCUCACGCAGGUCCUGAGAGACUCCUUCAUCGGGGAGAAUUCUCGUACAUGCAUGAUAGCAACAAUCUCUCCCGGCAUGACGUCCUGUGAAAAUACCCUCAACACGCUGCGCUAUGCCAACAGGGUGAAAGAGUUUGGGAUUAGUCCGUCAGACAUCCCCUUCUCCCAGGGCGGUCAGGGGAGUCGCCCUGACCACUCGCCCACCAAUACCUUUGAGUAUGAUGACUUUGCUGCUACCUCCCCCAGCAGGGUGAAGGAACUAACGGUAGACCCCAACCAGGUGAUAGAGGGGGGGCGACCCAACAUCCAUGCUGUCAGCCAGCUCGACCUUUUGGAUGAAGAUUGGCUCAGUAUGUCGCCACAGAGAGACGACCUCAAACUGCUCUGUGAGCAGAAUGAGGAGGAAGUGUCCCCCCAGCUCUUCACCUUCCACGAGGCAGUCUCUCAGUUAGUAGAGAUGGAGGAGCAGGUCCUGGAGGACCACAGAGCCGUUUUCCAGGAGUCAAUCCGGUGGCUGGAGGAUGAAAAAGUGCUCCUGGAGAUGACGGAAGAGGUGGACUAUGACGUGGAGUCCUACGCCACCCAGUUGGAGCAGAUCCUAGACCAGAAAAUCGAAAUCCUCACCGAGCUGCGAGAUAAAGUGAAGUCAUUCCGUUCUGCGCUUCAAGAGGAGGAGCAAGCCAGUAAGCAGAUCAACCCCAAGAGGCCACGCGCUCUUUAG